CUGGAGAAGGUUUAAAUCCUAUAAAUAAAGAAGGAAAAAUAAUAUGUAAUAGGUGUGAAAAUUGGUUUGAAGAAAAUCAAUUUAAAACGCAUUAAUUAUAGCAUUCUUCCUAAAUAUUAGAUUGGUUAUAUUUAGGAAGUGCUUCUAAUUCUACAAAUUAUAAAGUUUGGAAUUUAUAUUUAUUUAUUUAUUAAUAUAUAAAAAAAUAAAAAAGGAAUUAAAAGUAAGGACUAAUAUCAAAUAUAUUCUUAAUAUAACAUAAGAAGUCGGAAAUAAAUAUCCAGAUGAAUUUAUAUACAAAAAUAUAAAAAUCGAUGAUAAUAUAAAUGAAAAUAUUCAAUAAUAUUUUAAAGAAUCGAUAGAUUUUUUAUAUAAUGCAAAAUAAGAAAAUUAGAAUGUUUUAGUCCAUUGUUAAUAAGGAAUUAGUAGAAGUGCGACAAUAGUACUUGCAUAUUUAAUAGCGAAAGAAAAUAUGAAUUUAAAAUAAGCAUUUGAUCAUGUAAAAAACAUAAGAUCAAUCGUAAAACCGAAUCCGACUUUUAUAAAAGAUUUGCUAGAAUUUGAAAAAAGUAUUUAUGGUAAAAACUCUUGUGAAGGUAUCUAUAUUAAUUAAUUAUAUACUUAUAUAUUGGAUUUGAAAUAG